CUGUGCUGCGAAGCGGAGCUCAACUGGGCUAGCAAACAAGAGCUACCCCCAAAGAAACCGCUAUUGUUCUGCCCCGCUCUUAUCUGAAUGGAGCAAAUAUCCUGGAUGUAAAAUACAGAUAUAUUUUAAUCGAGAAGGCAGGACCAGCGGGGAGACAGAAUGUUUCCUCCUCAAGUGACUUCACUUCCCAAAAUUAGCAGAAAAAAAAGUUUCAUCCGGUUAACUGUCUCUUUUUCGCUCCACGGCACCAACCAAAAGUAAAAAAGAGCGAGCGAGCGAAGGAAAGGAAAGUAAAAUCAUUGGAAGGGGGGAAGAAAAGCCAGUGCGAAAGGAAGGAAGAUAAGAACUUCAGGGGGCUUCGGUUCCAGGCUAAACCGGGUCAAUGUGUGGAAUAUUGGGGGAAUCGGCUGGAGAUUAUUCUCGAUGGACGGAACUAUUAAAGAGGCCCUUUCGGUGGUGAGUGACGACCAGUCCCUCUUCGACUCCACGUACAGCGCUGCCGCUCACCUCCCCAAGGCGGACAUGACGGCCUCAGGGAACCCCGACUAUGGCCAGCCUCACAAAAUCAACCCUUUACCUCCCCAGCAGGAGUGGAUCAAUCAGCCGGUCCGGGUCAAUGUCAAGAGGGAAUAUGAUCAUAUGAAUGGAUCCAGGGAGUCGCCGGUAGACUGCAGCGUUAACAAAUGCAGCAAACUGGUGGGCGCGGGGACGGAGUCCAACCCGAUGAGUUACAGCACCUACAUGGAUGAAAAGAAUGGCCCUCCCCCAAACAUGACCACCAAUGAGAGGAGAGUCAUCGUCCCAGCAGAUCCCACCUUGUGGACCCAGGAACACGUGCGCCAGUGGCUGGAGUGGGCUAUAAAGGAGUAUGGAUUAAUGGAGAUUGACACAUCCCUCUUCCAGAACAUGGACGGAAAGGAACUGUGCAAAAUGAACAAAGAAGAUUUCCUCCGAGCCACCUCCCUUUACAACACAGAAGUUCUGUUGUCUCACCUCAGUUACCUCAGGGAAAGUAGCUCAUUGCUGGUCUACAACACUCCAACCCACACAGAGCCCUCCUCACGACUCGCAGCCAAAGAAGAUCCUUCCUAUGAUGCGGUCAGGAGAGCCGGAUGGGGCAAUAACAUGAACUCCAGCCUCACCAAAAGUCCCCCGGUUGCAGGGACUCAAACUGUGAAUAAGAAUACAGAACAGCAACGGCCCCAACCAGAUCCCUAUCAAAUUCUGGGACCCACCAGCAGCCGCCUAGCCAACCCAGGGAGUGGGCAGAUCCAGCUGUGGCAGUUCCUCCUUGAGUUGCUGUCGGACAGUUCCAAUGCCAACUGCAUCACGUGGGAGGGGACCAAUGGGGAGUUCAAGAUGACAGACCCCGACGAGGUGGCCAGGCGCUGGGGAGAGCGCAAGAGCAAGCCCAACAUGAAUUACGACAAGCUGAGCCGAGCCCUCCGAUACUACUACGAUAAGAACAUUAUGACCAAAGUGCAUGGCAAAAGGUAUGCCUACAAAUUUGACUUUCACGGCAUUGCCCAGGCUCUCCAGCCUCAUCCAACUGAGUCUUCAAUGUAUAAGUACCCAUCAGAUCUUUCCUAUAUGCCUUCUUACCAUGCACACCAACAGAAGGUGAACUUUGUGCCCCCCCACGCUUCCUCCAUGCCUGUCACAUCAUCCAGUUUCUUCGGAGCAGCAGCAUCCUAUUGGACCUCCCCUACGGGCAGCAUCUACCCAAACCCCAAUGUCCCGCGUCAUCCCAACACUCAUGUACCAUCGCACUUGGGCAGCUACUACUAGAUGUUUUUACCUUCAGUGGCCUUUAUCAAUCUGGUUGGAUGCUCUCUUUACUUCUGGGAUUUUUUGGACCUUUUUUGGAUAUUUUGUGGGCCAUUGUUGUGGGGGGAAUUAAAAACUGGAUAUUAGUUAUUCUUGGAUCAAACCUUCUCUCUUUUUUUUUUCUUUUUUUUUUGUAAUUUUGCCUCUUCUAUCUUGAAAUGAGAGAUGGAUACCUCUGCAGGCCAGUACUCUGUGUUUUUAUUUUGGUUCUAAGUCUUAUGUCCUCUGUAGGAAUUGUCCAUGAAGAUUGCUCACCACAACCUGGAAUGAUUAUCAGCAUUUGAAUUUUUACGAGACAAGAGAAAAAAAAAUUAGCAGUCCGAAGGCUCUUAACAAGACAUAUAUCCAGCCGUGGGUCUUAGAAGAAUGCUAUGUUUGUUUAACGGGGACUUAGGACUACAUGUGUGUUUUUGGCGGGAGGGUUUCUGAUUUCGGGGAGGGGAUGGAAGAGUCAGAUAUUAUGUUGUGAGGACCUGGGGCUGCAGAGGAUGGCAACUGGAAUCUUAGCUUUAAUUAAGGCCAAUGAGGUUUUUCACCCAACUGGAAAUUUUAUAUAUAUAUAAAGAAGUAAAGGGCAUUCAAGGAACCUUUCUAGAGUGUGCAACUUGUGUUGGACUGUAUAUUAACUCCAGAAACAUCUGAGACCAGAACAAAAGAAAGUAACCUAACAUCAAGCACAGACAUUCCUUGAGAGCAAAAAUGAAAUAAACGACAGCAGAUCCUGGAGAGCUCUGCCAAAGCUUUCGGGAUCGCUAAGCGCUACCGAUUCGCGAACGCUGUGCGUUUGUCAGACCGUCAUUCUAAGGGUCAGCUAAUCAGAAGGCUACUUACUGUAUAAGUUAUGCAGAGUUAUUUUUUCCCUAUAUCUCACAAUAUUAAAAGAAAGAUGAAAUAAAACGAGUUGACCUCAGUCACAAAUGCAGGUUAUUUUUACUACCAGAUCAGUUGUUUGUGGGUUUUUAUGUUGUUGUUUGUCUUGUUUGGUUUUUUUUAAAUGUAAUUUGUACAUCUUUUCAAUCUGUACAUUUGGGCUGUAGCUUUGUACUUUUUGCGAAAAAAA